ACGGAAAACUUGACUUUGUACUACGACCAUGCUCGUUCUACGUCGGCUCCGUCUGCCAACGUCAACGUUAACACGGUGCAAUGCGACGCUACAAAUGACGGAAUCGGCGUCAGUGACACCACCACCACCUUCCACAGUACAAACAAAAACGACAGUAGAACCAAAGGCAGCGACACCUGAAUCCAAGUCGUCUACCACCAGCCUUAUACGCGUACGACGAAAGCCUGCUGCUACCCGACUUGCCAUUUCAUCACCCCAAAAAGCAGCGAAGACACCAAAAUGGCGACGCGCCCUCCCGGCAGGCGUGUUGCCCGCGUAUGACGAGGCUAUCAAGCUCAUCCGACAAGACAGCUUCCGCCUCAAACGCGAGGCUGCUGAGGUUCGCAGGUCUAUCAAGCCAGGCGAUGAAGAUGAGGAGGAGAAGCGAAAGCUGCUGAGGAUCUUACAGGUGCAGAGCGAGAUCAACCUCCCAGAGGUUCGGUGGGCCGUUAAAAGUCGGUUAGUGGACAUGCGCAAUCCGGCUCAUAGGCACCUGAGGGAGCAGAACUGGAGAGGCGAGGGUAAGCUUGAUCUCCUGAUGGAACGUAUAUACCAAAUGAACGUGAUCCCGGACGUUCUUCCUUCACUGCGCCCGAGUAUCGAUGUCUCUAUCAAGGUCCGCCAGACGCAUCUUGCGGGCCCAACAUAUCGCAGUCGUGGUAUCGAGCCAGGCGUCUUCCUCAGUCCCAAACAGACGAUCGCGCCUCCGACGGUGUACGCGACUGCAUUCCACCUUGAUACUAGGCUAUACACCAUGAUGCUCGUGGAUCCAGACGUCCCGGACCCAGAGAACGAGACUUUCACCACAUUUUUGCAUUGGUUAUGCCCCAACGUCCCGCUUUCAGCAAUCACUUCCGGUCCGAUUAAAAACCUCAAUACACAUACCCAGUAUGUCCCUCCCCAUCCGCAACAGGGAACCCCAUACCACCGUUAUUCCCUGCUCCUCCUACCCCAACCCGCCCGCCCCGAUGCUCCGUACAACCUUGUCACAGAAGCAUGCUCCAUCACCUCUCGCUCUCGCGCCGGCAGAGUGACCAGCCGCUAUCUCCCCAUCCCUGUAGUUCCGCAGUCUGCUCGGACGGAGUUCAACGUCCGCGAAUUCUGUAAAAAGUGGAGCCUAGAUGGUAGACAAGGAGGUGGCGCACAUAUGUGGCGAGAAGUCUGGGACGAGAGCUCGGACGUUGUAUACAAGAACGUAUUGCGUGUGUAUUCAUUAUACUAUUUCUCUUUUCCUCCUGCCUUACCCUUUCUUCACCUUCAGAUGCCGACCCGCCUAAGUAUGGCCACCCUCAGCGACCGGACCGCUAUGGUCAUCUCAGGGGCGAGAAGAAAUACGUGGCGGUAUAGGUUAGGUAUCCACCUAAUGGGCGGCGCAAGCAGUAAUAACGGUAGCGAUGGUGAUAUUACACCCUGCAUCAUUUUAGUGACCCGAAUAAAGGCCCCUCACUUUGAAAUGUUGGUUCCUUCCGAGUCCCAGGCUUGAAAAUGCUGUCCUUUUCGUAUGUCUCCAAUACAUUUGUUAUCUCUCCGGGAACGGGUGGUAUGCGGCUGACAAACUCCUCACCGAAUAACAUUGAUGAGGGAGCAUCAUAGCGCUUGCGAAUAGAAAUGAUGCGAUGUCGACUUGAUGCUUAUUGCAUUCACCCGUUCAAUCUUUUGUUGCACAUGCUCUGUUUGUUCUCGCUCUACAUGGCCUGGCGGUUCCGUUCUGAUAAUAUUGGCUUCGGUACCAUUACCCCUCCUGAGUAAAAUUGCCUAU